CUGGUAUUGACCUCUGAUCAAGGCAUUCGAUUUGGCCAGCUCCACGGGAAGGCUAGAAAGUCCAGAUUGCUCGAAGUAGGAUUGUACAUUCAGUUCUUGACCACGAUUGCCAUCGUCUCAAGUGUCGUUCUGCUUGAGGCCGGGUUAGCUAUGGUCACAGAUGGCCAGUGUUAUGCAGCAAGCGUAGUUUGCAUCCUCCUUUAUUGCAUUAGCAAGACAGCACUCUACAUGAACUUCAACGAACACGUGCACAGCCUUCGAGUACCACGAGUGACACGAAUACGUGAUCCGGUAUGGCUUACUUGUACAGUUUGUGUCAUAGCCGGUGUCGCAGGCAGUAUAUUCUUUGCAGCUGCAGCACCAGUGGCACAGCUGGAAGGCAAGACUGGCCAAUGUAACAUUCAUCUUACAAAAGAGGCUAUAAUCAGCCUCUCGACGUUUCUUCUCGCGGUGGGGACCUACCUUACUGGAACCCUCGUUUGCAUACUAUGGCCUGCGCUUAAAUCACAUGCAGUUCCAAUAUCAACCAGGACAUCGACCUACACCGAACGGCGGAUGAGCUUCUUGAGCGUCUCAAAAGAUGGUAGGCUCCAGGAAGAUGAGCGGAGCAGGAAGAGCAACAACAUUAUGCUGUGCAAGAAUCUUAUGGGUUGGACUACGAUCUUGUCAAUUGCCGUGAUUAACAUGACCGUGUAUCUCACACGGGCUGAGGCAAAAAGAAGCCAUGUCUGUCUUCUGAGCUGUGUCACCGAUGCUGCGUUGUCAAUGAUCAUUACGAGCUGGCUG